AUGCAGUGGGAGGAGAUUGCACAGACCAAGCGCGCAAGUCGCGAUAGGGCCAUCCCACCAGAAUGGCAGCUGUCAUUGCCUCAAUUUCAAGACACCCAAGUUGAUGUUCGGGCAGUGCCAUCCCAAUGCGGUAUUCUUACGACUCGAGAACUGGAUAUAACGGCGACUGACGCAGUCGAGCUGGUGCAGAAACUCGUCCGCCGGGAAUACACCUCAUAUGAAGUAACUCUGGCAUUUUGCAAGCGAGCGGCCAUUGCGCAGCAGCUUAUCAACUGCCUCAGCGAAGUUAUUUUCCAGUCGGCUCUUGCUGCUGCUGCACAGAUUGAUGCUGAGUAUGCCGCCACGGGUGUGCCUCGCGGCCCUCUGCAUGGCCUGCCAGUCUCCCUAAAGGAUUGCUUCCCAGUUGAAGGAACUGACGCGACAAUUGGUUAUACGGCGUUCGCAAAUAGUCCCACGAAACACGGAGAAGAUGCAGCAAUUACAAGGAUCAUGAGGGAAUGUGGUGCGGUGUUAUUCUGCAAGACCAACGUUCCAACAGCCAUGAUGGCCGGCGAGACGUACAAUUCCAUAUACGGUUACACUUCAAACCCAUAUAAUACAUUUCUCUCCAGCGGUGGCUCCUCAGGCGGGGAGAGCGCGUUGCUGGCUCUACGGGGAUCUCCACUCGGCGUGGGAACAGAUGUAGGAGGCUCCGUCCGAAUCCCAGCAUCCUUCUGUGGCCUGUACACCCUGAAGCCGUCCUCUGGUCGCUUUCCCAUCGCUGGAACCCGAGACGGGAUGGAGGGCCAGGAGGCAGUUCGCAAUGUGGUUGGUCCCAUGGCAAAGUCCCUGGCCGCGAUUGAGAUGUGGACGAGGGCAGUUCUGGCAAGCCAGCCGUGGAUGGCCGUUGAUCCAGUCUGUCUGCCUAUCCCUUACAGAGAGGUACAGAUACCGAGAAAACUCUGCUUUGGACUUCUUCUGGACGACGGGAUUGUCAAGCCUCUGCCCCCCGUCACCCGGGCUUUGCAUCAAGCGAAAGCGGCCCUGGAAGCGGCAGGCCAUAUGCUUGUGGAGUUUCGCAUUGAUGAUCCUCUGUAUACGGAUACCCUCAAACACGCGCUGUACCGCUCCGCCGCAGCAGAUGCAGUGAGCAAUACCCUCGCCAAAACAGAAGAGCCCUGGCCUCGCGGCAUGGAAAUGCUUGAGGAAACGGUCAAAAGCAACGACAAAAGCCCAGCUACGGUGUCCGAUCUGUGGAAAGCUCAGGUUAAGCGAACUGAAUACGCGAGGCGGGUCUUACAGGCGUGGGCAGCGACAGAGAGUAAGACUGGCACAGGCCGCGAGAUCGAUGCCCUGCUAAUGCCGUGUACCCCGUGGCCGGCGUGCGAGAAGUACAAAUUCACAUAUGACAACUACACCAGCCUGUGGAACGUGCUGGACUACUGCGCGAUCACUGUCCCGGUUACCCAGGUCUCAGUGGUCGACGAUGUUAAACCGCCAUACGAGUGUCGGAACCAGAUUGAAGCAGACAUCUGGGAGGGAUACGAGCCCGAGAACUUAAAGGGUGCUCCUGUUGGUGUACAACUGGUUGGCAGGCGAUUGAAUGAGGAGUAUCUCUUGGGGGUGACCAGGGCAUGCGACGAUGCUUUAAAGCUCUAG